CCUCUCUCCGAUAAACCCCUCCGGUGACUCCACCAUCUCUCUCGGCGAUGCUGUCGGCCUCUCGCCCUUCUUCUCGUCCCAAUCGAUCCGAAAUGAGAGGUCGUGCGCCUCCUUCGGUGGCUUCUGAGCUUCAGAAUGGCCACUCCCGCAACCCCUCCAGCCUCGACAUGGCUCGCAGCCCGCCGAACCCUAGCAACAAGAACACCAAACAUGUUCCCUGCAAAUUCUUCCGCCAGGGUGCCUGCCAGGCCGGCCCCGCUUGUCCAUUCCUGCACUCGACUGAUUCAGCAGUCGAUUAUACACCCUGCAAAUACUUUUCGAAGGGAAACUGCAAGUUCGGCGCAAAAUGCGCACUAGCCCACAUUCUACCGGACGGGCGCCGAGUGAACCGUCCCACUGGUGGUGGUGGUGGUGGUAUGGGAAUGGGCGGUAGCCAUCUGAACUUGGGUGGCCGAGUUAAUCCGCAGGCCUACGUCAACCAAGAUUCCGCCUUGACAAACUCGGUUCUCUCGCAGCAGCGCAUGAACGGCCAUGAACCCCGAUACACCUCGCAAGUCCCUUCGCAGGACGAUUCGGUCUUCCAUGGUCAGCAGCAGCCCCCCUACGACCCCAUUCCGACAAUUGAUGCGGGCCUGGCCUCCGAUGCCGGUUCGAAGUAUGGAUCUCCCGUGGAGGAUGUGCGGUUCCCGAUGUCGCCCAACCACCACCAUCUGACGGCCCUUGAUGCGCCGCUUCCGGCAUCCUUUGACAGCCAGGGUAUCUCUCACGCUGCCCGUUAUGGUCCAGUAGCUGCCUCGGUGCCCUCGAAAUUUGGGAUGGAACUAUCAUCGCCGGCUCAGAGACCGGGCCCAGCGGAGUCCGCAUUCCGAAACCUGCGCGAUAUUGGCUAUGCCUCCGACCUGCGCAAACAGUCCAUUGUCGGAUCAUCACCUCCGGCACCCGAAGACUCGAUCGGACCCCGGUUCCUCCACUCCUCCCGUCCCGUCAAGCCUCGUAUGCUGUCUGCUAGCGUUCCUCGCCCUACCGCACUCGAUGACUGGGACGAGAAUUUCCCCAUGGAAGAAGACUACCUGCCUAUGAAUCUGCAUGACGAUGUUCUCACACCCCAGGAGAAGCUUCGCCGGCUGUCUCGAACGGACCAUGAUAUCGGCUCCAACCACCGCGAUAUCAGCGGUCUUGGUAUGAGCAGCAGCUUUUCGAAGACCGGUUCCCCUUUGGCAUCUAGUCCCUCCCGAUUUGGAGCAUUGUUUGCCAAGCAACGUCAGAAGAAGGAUGAUGAUGGCGUUGGAUCCUCAUUCCCUCAUAUUGGUUCCCCUCUCCGUGAAUCUUCCUUGAAUCCUAUUGGCAGUCCUAGCUUGGGUCCUAUCGGCAGCCGACAUGAUGGCUCGCCGUUCGUUUCUAGCCCUGGAAGACAGUCUUCCAUGUCGAUGAUCUCUGAGCAGCUUAGUGGCAUGUCUCUUCACCCCGGAUUGGCCCGUCACUCAUCCGCAGGCCCCGGCAGCCGCCUCGAGCGAACCGCCUCAUCAGUUACCACGAGCAAGAUUGAGGAGGAGGAACAGAGCGACCUUGUCUUCUCUAUGGAGGAGGAAGAAGGCAACAAGCGCAACAGUUCUUCUUGGAACUCCGAGACCAAGGAGAGCGCCAACGAUUCCUAA